AUGCCAGCUAACGAAGACAAGGAAAAUAAUAUUGUAUAUACAGGAAAUGAAAGUUCCAGCACCAGCUUCCCACAGACACCAGCCCACCUGUUGAAAAGGUCCCAUUCCAAUGUGCUAAAGCCACCUGUGAGGCUAGACCAACUGAAAAAAGAUAUUAACAGCAACAAUGGCAAGAACUUAAAGUACAUACAGGGAGGUAAGGAAGUAUCGCCCACGAAAAGAUUGCAUACACAUACACAGCAACAAGGGAGAUUGCCUCUGGCAGCUAAGGACAACAACAGAUCGAAAAGCUUUGUGUUUGCUCUCGACACUGCAAACCAGAAUAAAGAUGCGGAACUUGUACCGCAACAACAGAAUACAUUAUCUACACGCAAGAACGAUCAGCUCAGAAAGCUCUCGCAGAUCUCUCGCAAUCGUAAUAGAGGUAAUUACAACGGCAUGCUGAACAACACAAGAAAGCUACAGAAGUAUGGUUCUGUCCUCGGCUACAAUGCAUUGCCCAAGAUGAAAAGUUUGGUUUUAAAAGAUCUGGCGGAUCCAGGUAAAAACCAAGAGAGUUCUGACGAUGACGACGGUAGUGAGGGAGCUGACAACAAACUCGGCAAGAAGCUCCAGAGCGCCUUUUUCCAACAGCAUUCUUCCGAGGAUGAGCACGAGUUUAGUGGGGGAAUCGGUUUAUUUAAUAAUCAGGGCGGUCUGCAACAGCUCAUAAAGAACACAGCAAAGGGAAAAGAAGGCUCCGCAAAAGAGGACCAUGACGAUUACGAUAUUGAAAUAGCACCUCAAAGACAGGAGCCUUUAUUAUAUGUGCCAGACGGCUAUCCGCCAUUCCAGCAGGAAGAUAUCUUAAAACUGAAAACGUUCAACUCUCCAUACGGGCUUGACCUGGAAUGCGAGAGUAAUAACGCUAACAGCACAGAUAAAGUUGGCCUGCUUUCAUUAGUGGAAAUUAACGAAGAAGUUGAGCAAGACAACACGGCACACACAAUUAGCGAUCAACAAGAGCCUGCUGCGCUAUCGUUAGCGCUCGAGAACGCCGAGGACGAUGAGAACGCUGCAAUUCCCGUUAUAGAGUCUCUAUAUAACGGUGAAGGACUCGAUUCCGAAGAAUUGGAGGACUUACUCACUUAA